GCGCGUCAUUCACUCAUUUUUCAUUAAACUCAUUUUUUUCUUGUAAAAGAAGGAUGGAAUUUUUUUUAAAGAAAAAAAAAAAUGAAAAAAAAAAGCUUCAAAACGGAGACGUCGGAUCAAUAGAAUUCCUAGCAAGCAUUGUCACCAUUUUUCUUGCAAGGGGUUGGCAGCUUUGGUUUAUGCGCCAUGUUGCAUUUGAUCGCUGUCUUUUUGCUCUUUUAGCCCGUCUGGACUUUCUGAUGAGUGCAAAUUAUGGGAGGCGUCAAUCUACAUGGGAUCGCUGUUCCUUUUUUUUCUUUCUUGUAUACGGACUGCUACUGCAUGGAGUGUGUGCUUUUUUUCACAUUGCUUUUGCUUUACUUCAAGUCUCAACUCAAAGAACUGUUUUCUCAUUCUACGGCGCUGCAUUGCGUCCUUUAUGGUGUCUUGUCUUCAGAUCAGGGGCUUCUUUUACAGAACCAUCCUGCACCAUUAAGAGAACAGAAAAAAAAAGAUAAAAAAAGAGGUGGAAAGCGACAGACAGCCCGGAAGGCUUUUUUCGGAAUGGGAUCCUUCUUGAGUUUCUUCUUUCUAUGGUUCAGCAUUGCUGUUUCUUUCGGAUGCAAAUAUUGGGAAAUGGGAUAAAUUGGAAGAAAUACAUUCACCUGGGAUAAAGCAUUUUCUCUCUCAUGCUUUUUCACUUUUUUACAGGUCAAGUUUUAGAAGGGAUUUUUUGUUCGGGAACAAGAUUGGAAACCAGAGCGUAUGGUUCUGAAACUUUUUUGUGUUUUUUCCCUUUCUUUUCUUCUUCUUCUAACUUUUUUCUUCAUCUUUUCUUUUUGACGAAGAACAUGAGAAACACUGCAUAGCCCUGGGGGCGUUGAAGCAGGCCAAAUGGAACAAAAAAAAAAAAGAGAAAACUUAAUUCUAUAGGGUCGCUAGCGGUCCUCCCUGACUUUGGAUUCCGUGUCAGGGUUGAGGUUAAUGAGACAAUUUUGCACCUCAUGUGCUUUUGUG